AUGGCACGUGUAGCUUAUCCUCGAGUUACCAGUGGGAGUCGAGACCUGGACAACAUUCACGGGCUGGUGGAGGGCAUGGAUACCAAGCUCGCAUCGCUCGAGCAGAAGCAGGACAUUGCCACACGGGGAGUGCUGCUGCUGUGCAGCUUUGUGAGCAGAGGGCUGCAGGGCAACCCUGGCAACCAGGAGCUGCUGAAGGGCCGGGCGGACAUGUCUCAAAUGGCCGUGCCACAGGGCCUGGCGGACAUGUCACAGAUGGCCGUGCCUCAGCUUGCUGCGGGGAAGGGCGCGCCAGCAGGGGGGGCAGUGGGGCUAUCAGGGCUGAAGGAGCUUGAAUUCAUCUCGUCUGCUUUGGAAUCUUCCGUGCACCAUACAGGUAAGGGUGCAGGUGGGAGUGGUGCUUCAGGGGAGGGGUGGGAAGUACUGAUGUUACUGCUUGGAGGGGGGGGGGGUUGGGGGGUUCGGGAAGCAGUGGGGCUGUCUGGGCUCAAGGAGCUUGAGUUCCUCUCGUCUGCCCUCGAGUCCUCUCCUUGGUGCACCACUCAGGUGGGAAGUACUGAUGUUACUGCUUGGAGGGGGGGGGGAUGGGGGGUUCGGGAAGCAGUGGGGCUGUCUGGGCUCAAGGAGCUUGAGUUCCUCUCGUCUGCCCUCGAGUCCUCUCCUUGGUGCACCACUCAGGUGGGAAGUACUGAUGUUACUGCUUGGAGGGGGGGGGGAUGGGGGGUUCGGGAAGCAGUGGGGCUGUCUGGGCUCAAGGAGCUUGAGUUUCUCCCAACUGCUCUCGAGUCCUCGGUGCACCUCUCAAGUGGGGGUGUGGGUGUGUUGCUGGUGAAAUUGUUGGUAGUGGUGCUUCUGUGGGUGGGGCAGUGGGGCAGUGGGGCAGUGGGGCCAUUUCUCUGUCGGGGCUGA